AGCUAGUCUCCGACGCCAUGGACUCGCAGAACACGACCCUCGACGUGGAGAAUGGAUGCAAAGUGCUCUUAAGGGACGCUCAACCCAGAACGCGUGUAAAUGUGAGGUGCGCUAUCUCGCUGCUUUCUAUCGCGCUGGUCGGUACGCUGCUGUUCGCCGGACUUCACAGUAGGGGGAGCUCCACUGGUGCCGACUCUCAGAAUGACGAACUUCUGCGAGUCAAGGACGAAUUAGCGGAGAAUGCUUUUCAGGUCCGAACACUAAAACAAAUGGCGAGCAAGCCCAGCAAAGCAGCCGCGCAUUUAAUAGCGGAUGUUACAGAAGGCAGCAGCCAAGUGUCCUGGCUAAGUGAUGUUGACCAAGCGUUUUCAAACGGGAUUGACAAUACCGAAGACAAGAUUGUGGUGCCGAGGACCGGCCUGUACUUCGUCUACUCGCAGGUGUCGUUCAAUGGACAGUGUAAGGGGCAACCCGUCUAUCUCUCGCACAAAGUCGAGCGAUUUGCCGUGUCCUACCCUGAAAAACGCAAUCUCCUGAGCGCCGCAAAGACGGCGUGCAUAGAGACGCACGGGUCCUCGAAGGACAUCUGGUAUAAGACCAUCUACCAAGGUGCCGUCUUUAAACUGGAAAAGGGAGACACACUGUCCACCAAAACUGGAGGGGUUGACAAACUUGUAGUUGAUGGGGGAAACUCUUUCUUUGGAGUUUUUGAACUCUGAAAGAAGUGUCCUUUUUCC